AUGUGUAUAAUGCAUCGUUUAGAACACGGAGAACAAACGUAUUCGUCCGACAAACAAACGGCUCUUGAAGAUCGUUAUUAUAAUAAUCAAAGUUUUCAAGAGGAUUAUCCGGUUAAUGAUCCAAAUGUAAACCAUGCAGCAACAAAAAUUCAAGCACAAUUUCGUGGGCAUAAAGCAAGACGAGAUUUAGAAAAAAUAAAACAAGAACAUCAACAAAUAAAUGAUUCUGAUCAACAAAAAAUAUCUUAUGAUUAUGAACAAUUAACAACAGGAAAUGAUGAAUAUCAACAAUCAUCAUCUGUAGCAAGUACACCUUUAAAACAAGAAAAUGAAUAUGAUGAAAAUAUUGAUGAUGAAGAACUUACGGAGGAAGAAAAACAUAAGCAAGAACGUGCUGCUAUAUCGAUUCAAGCACAAUUUCGUGGUUUUCAAGCUCGAAAACAUCUACGAGACCCAUUUGAUCAUACAGAUGAAGAAAAACAAUAUUUUCAUCAGGAUCAACAGGAAUUUGACAAUGAUCAUGACAAAACAUCUGUAUUAUCAUCAACUCGUUCUAGUGAUCGUCGUGAUCUUGGUGAAGAUCUCAGAUUACAUGAUGAGAUUGAAAUAGACAAAAACAACAAUACUGAUCGACCACAUCUUGAACGUGAACCAACACAAUUAAGUGACGAUUUUGAACUACAUAAAGGUGUAUUACGUGAUAUAAAUUAUAAUCGAGAACAUCAAGAAGAAUUUAUUAACGACGAAGACGAUAUGAGUGAUCCAAAUCUUGAUAAGGCAGCUACACGUAUUCAAGCAUCAUAUCGUGGUUAUAAAACUCGAAAAGAAUUAGGUUCAGGCGGUGGUCAUUCACCUAUUAGUCAUGAUCAACAGAAUCCAUCAUCACCUUCUCCAAAAACACAUAAAGAACAUGAUGAUGCUCGUAACAAAAAUAUUUUAUCACCAUCAGCUGAAGGUAAUAAAGUACCAGCACAUGAAGAUGAAAGUGAUAAUGCAGCUGCUGUUAAAAUUCAAGCUGCUUAUCGUGGCUAUCGAAUAGGUGUUUAA